CUUGCGGAGAUGCUAAAGGGCUAAAAUUGCAUGUUAAAAGCAUUGGACUACGCCACUAUAAGUCACCUUUAGACACAUUCAAAUACUUUCCUUGCUAUGAUUUUACUUUAUUUUAUUGCAAUCCAACUGCAAUUAUUUCUAUUUUUGAAGUUUUCAAAUCAAUUGGCUUGGAUUUCGUAGAAAAUUUCCUAAGCAUUCAUUAUAUUUUACAAUCAAAAUAUAAUGAACUUACUAUUCCUGAGAGUUUGGUUGAAUUUGAAAAAAUUUUGGAAUGGUUAAUUCAAAACAAUUAUGACAUUGAUGUUAAAGACAAACUUCAUAACCAUUCUUUAUAUUAUCUUCUUAACGAAACCAGAUUGACAAUAUACUAUCCUGAGAUUAUUUUAAUUUUUUUGAGAAAUGGCUUAAAUCCUAACAUUUCUUUAUCUCCUGACAUUACAAAUUUAUUAUUCUAUGUCAUAUCCAGAAACUUCCCUGUUAAUUUUCUUGAGUUAAUCCUUAUGUAUCGGAUUGAUUUAACUUCUAAAAAUGCCGAGAGACUAGAUUUUCUUGGGUAUAUUAUAAAGCUUGAUAAGCUGGAAAUGUUACGAUGGGUUCUAUGCAACGUUCCUGAGUUUAAAGAAAAACAAACCAAAGUUUUUAGAGAGUUUAAUGCUCUUCAAUAUGCUAUGUAUCUCAAUGAUAUAGAAGCUAUAAAGUGUAUUCUAGAGUGUGCUCCUGUAUAUAGAGAUGCUAUGAUUAAAAAUGAUAAAGGCUUGAAUUCACUUGGACAAUUUAUACAGUUCAAUGAUCUAGAGUCAUUAAGAUGGGUUUUAUGUAAUAUUGAUGAAUUUGGAGAUAAGAUAGUUGAAGUAUGUGAAGGUUGGAAUGCGUUACAAUAUUCAAUGAAUAUUGAUAAUCUUGAAGCUGUUAAAUGUAUUUUAGAAAAUGCUCCUAUAUAUCAAAAUCCAAAUAUUAAAAAUGAAAUUGGAUUGAAUGUCCUUGGAUAUGUUAUACACCUUAACGAUUUAAAGGCUUUACAAUGGAUUUUGGAAUUUAUUCCCGAAUUUACUAGCAAUAUAAUAGAUGUUUGUGAAGGUUGGAAUGCUCUUCAGUUUGCUAUGGAAAUAAAUAAUAUUGAUGCUAUCAAAUGCCUUUUAGAAAAAAAUGCAUCUGUAUAUAGAGAUAUUUCUAUUAAAAAUAGUAAGGGGUUUAAUGUUCUUGGUCAGAUGAUUUGUGACAGCCAAGUAGAAGCAUUAGAAUGGAUUUUGGAAAAUAUUACCGAAUUCGAAGAUGGGAUCAUUAAUAUUUUUGAAAACCAAUAUGCUCUUGAAUAUGCUAUUAUUAAUAAAAAAUGGGAAGAAAUGAAAUAUAUUUUGAAGAAAGCUCCAGCAAAUAAAUAUAUCCCGAUAAAAAACGAUAAGGGAUUCAAUUUUCUUGGACAAAUCAUUUUUAAUAAUCAUUUAGAAAUAUUAAAAUGGAUUUUGGAUAAUAUUCCUGAAUUUAAAAACAAUGUUGUUGAAGUUUGUGAUGAGUGGAAUGCUCUUCAAUUUGCCAUGAACCUUAAUCAUUUUGAGGCAGUAAAAUGUCUUUUAGAAAAAACUUCUGUAUAUAGGAGUAUAACAAUUAAGGACAUUUUUGGAUUGAAUGUUAUUUGUCAUUUUAUACAAUUUAAUAAUUUAGAGAUGUUACAAUGGAUUCUUAAUAACGUUCCUGAAUUUACUAAUAAUACCACAGAAAAAUGGAAUUCACUUCAGUUUUCUAUGGACAUUAAUAACCCAGAAGCUGUACAAUGCCUUUUAGAGAAGGUUCCUCUAUACAAAGAUAAUAUAAUUAUCAAAGAUAGUGGCGGAUUGAACAUUCUUGGCUAUGCUAUUUACAAUAACCAGUUGAAUUUGUUAGAAUGGAUAUUAGACUAUAUUCCUAAAUUUAAAAAUGAGAUAAUUAAAGUUCACGAAGAUCGGAAUGCACUUGAAGCUGCAAUGGAUGUUAAUAAUCCAUUAGUUAUAAAAUGUCUUUUGGAAAAAGCUCAUGUGUACCAAGAUAAAAAUAUUAAAAAUAGUUCUGAACGGAAUAUUCUCGGCCAUGUUAUUUAUCAUAACCAAUUAGAAUUAUUGGAAUGGAUGUUGAAAAAUACUCCUAAAUUUGGAAAUAAUAUAGUCAACGUGUGGAAGAAUUAUAAUGCACUUCAAUUUGCAAUGUGUCAAUUUAAUACAGAAGCUAUAGAAUGCCUCUUAUAUAAUACUCAAGAAUAUAGAGAUGUUUCAAUUAGAUAUGAGGGACGAAAUGUUCUUGGGCAUACUAUUUAUCACAACCAAUUAGAGGCAUUGCAACGUAUCUUAGAAAAUAUUCCUGAAUUUAAGAAUAAUAUUGUUGAUGUUUAUGGUGGAUAUAAUGCUCUUCAAUUUGCAAUGUACCAGGAUAAUAUGGAAGCAGCUAUAUGUAUCUUAGAUAAGGCUCAUUUAUAUAGGGACGCUACAAUAAAAAUUAAUGAAGAGAAAAUUGAAGGGUUGAAUAUUCUUGGAUAUGCUAUUCGUUAUAAUCAAUUAGAAGCACUAGAAUGGAUUUUAAAAAAUAUUCCUCAGUUUAGGAAUGAAAUAAUUGAUGUAUGUGAAAGUAAAAAUGCUCUUAAAUAUGCAAAAUGUCGGAAUAAUGCUAAGGCUAUUAAAUGCCUUAUAGAAAAUUCUCAAACAUAUAGAGAUUUAGCAAUAAGAGAUGAGGAAUUAAAUAUUUUCGAAUGGGCUUAUAAAAAUAAAAGACAUGAG